CGGUGGUGUGGUCCUUCUUAAGGCGCCUCAGGGAGACCCUGCGGGGGCUUCGGAGGGCAGGAGACCCACGCUCCCGCCCGCAGCUGAAGCCCCUGCCCGGCCCUCGAGUAUCCAGAAGGGGGAAGCGGGACACUUGGAUGCGCUCUGCCGACUGUAGCAGCGGCAGACUUUUUCACGUCCUUAACAAGGCCUGCUUAGAGAUCCUCUUGCACACUCAAGCUUCACCACCACCCUAAAUGUAGAUACUUCUGGAACAUUCUACAAAAGGGGCAAAACGAGUGCUGUCUGAAUUUGGGUGAGCAGCAGUGGGCGGCGGCGGCUUCGAUGCCAGCAACGCAGCGGUAAGAGCUGAGGACCGAGGAACGUCCGCCAGCUGCCUGGCAUCGCGUUGUCAGGUGUCUGUGUAAGCAGAGACGGCUGCGCGGAGCUGGGUGUCUGCCAGCAGAGAGAGAAUGCUCUUUCCUAAUACUAACCUUGUCAUAGAUCCUUCAUGUUACACCUAAAAUCAGUGAAAUAAACAUGAGCGAAGCCCCCAGAUUCUUUGUCGGGCCUGAAGAUGCAGAAAUAAACCCUGGAAGUUGCCGACAUUUCUUCCACCAUGCAGAUGAAGAGGAAGAGGAGGAGGAUGAAUCUCCACCAGAAAGGCAGAUUGUGGUUGGAAUAUGUUCUAUGGCAAAGAAAUCCAAAUCCAAACCCAUGAAGGAAAUUCUUGAACGGAUCUCCUUAUUCAAAUAUAUCACAGUAGUAGUGUUUGAAGAGGAAGUUAUUUUGAAUGAACCAGUGGAAAACUGGCCUUUAUGUGACUGUCUUAUUUCUUUCCAUUCUAAAGGAUUUCCACUGGACAAAGCAGUUGCCUAUGCAAAACUCAGGAAUCCAUUUGUAAUCAAUGACUUGAAUAUGCAGUAUCUCAUACAAGAUAGGAGGGAAGUGUAUAGCAUCCUUCAAGCUGAAGGCAUCUUACUUCCUCGUUAUGCGAUCUUGAACCGGGACCCAAAUAACCCCAAAGAAUGCAAUCUGAUUGAAGGAGAGGAUCACGUGGAAGUAAACGGGGAGGUUUUCCAAAAGCCAUUUGUAGAAAAACCAGUCAGUGCAGAAGACCACAAUGUGUACAUUUAUUACCCCACAUCCGCCGGGGGUGGAAGUCAAAGACUCUUCAGGAAGAUUGGCAGUAGAAGCAGUGUCUAUUCCCCAGAAAGCAAUGUACGAAAAACAGGCUCAUACAUCUAUGAGGAGUUUAUGCCCACCGAUGGCACGGAUGUCAAGGUUUAUACAGUGGGUCCAGAUUACGCGCAUGCUGAAGCUCGGAAGUCCCCGGCCCUUGACGGCAAGGUGGAGCGAGACAGUGAAGGAAAAGAAGUAAGAUACCCCGUCAUCCUCAAUGCACGGGAGAAAUUAAUUGCUUGGAAAGUCUGUCUAGCUUUUAAGCAAACUGUUUGUGGCUUUGAUUUAUUACGGGCCAAUGGGCAGUCCUAUGUCUGUGAUGUCAAUGGCUUCAGUUUUGUGAAAAAUUCCAUGAAGUAUUAUGAUGAUUGUGCAAAAAUACUUGGAAAUAUUGUAAUGCGAGAGCUUGCACCUCAAUUUCAUAUUCCUUGGUCAAUACCUUUAGAAGCUGAAGAUAUCCCAAUUGUGCCAACUACAUCUGGAACUAUGAUGGAACUUAGAUGUGUCAUAGCUGUGAUACGUCAUGGGGAUCGAACACCAAAGCAGAAAAUGAAAAUGGAAGUGAGGCAUCAGAAAUUUUUUGACCUCUUUGAAAAAUGUGAUGGAUAUAAGUCAGGGAAAUUGAAACUCAAAAAGCCAAAACAGUUACAGGAGGUGCUAGAUAUUGCACGGCAACUUCUCAUGGAGCUGGGCCAAAAUAAUGAUUCCGAGAUUGAAGAAAACAAGUCAAAACUUGAACAGCUGAAGACGGUACUAGAGAUGUAUGGCCAUUUUUCUGGGAUAAAUCGUAAGGUUCAGUUGACCUACCUCCCUCAUGGUUGUCCAAAAACAUCUAGUGAGGAGGAAGACAGCCGGAGAGAAGAGCCAUCCUUGCUUCUGGUCCUUAAGUGGGGAGGAGAGCUAACUCCAGCAGGUCGCGUCCAGGCUGAGGAACUCGGGAGAGCCUUCAGGUGUAUGUAUCCAGGAGGUCAAGGAGAUUAUGCAGGGUUUCCUGGUUGUGGUUUACUUAGAUUACAUAGCACGUACCGACACGACCUCAAAAUAUACGCCUCUGACGAAGGCCGGGUGCAGAUGACUGCGGCUGCUUUUGCAAAGGGGCUGCUGGCUCUAGAAGGAGAGCUGACUCCCAUCCUUGUUCAGAUGGUGAAAAGUGCAAACAUGAACGGUCUGCUGGACAGUGACAGUGACUCUCUGAGCAGCUGCCAGCAGCGUGUAAAGGCAAGGCUGCACGAGAUCCUGCAGAAGGACAGAGAUUUUACUGCCGAAGACUAUGAAAAGCUUACUCCAUCUGGAAGUCUUUCUCUUACCAAAUCCAUGCAUUUGAUUAAAAAUCCUGUGAAGACCUGUGACAAGGUUUAUUCUUUGAUUCAAAGUUUGACUUCUCAAAUUAGACAUCGAAUGGAAGAUCCCAAAUCGUCAGAUAUUCAGCUGUAUCAUAGCGAAACACUGGAGCUUAUGCUGCGUAGAUGGUCCAAGUUGGAGAAAGACUUUAAAACAAAGAACGGAAGAUAUGACAUUAGUAAAAUCCCUGACAUAUAUGACUGUAUAAAAUAUGAUGUCCAGCAUAAUGGCUCCUUGAAGUUAGAAAAUACAAUGGAAUUGUAUCGCCUUUCCAAGGCCCUAGCAGAUAUUGUCAUCCCUCAGGAAUAUGGUAUAACUAAAGCUGAGAAACUGGAAAUUGCCAAAGGCUACUGUACUCCUCUAGUUAGAAAAAUCCGCUCAGACCUUCAGAGGACCCAAGAUGACGACACUGUAAAUAAACUCCAUCCUGUGUAUUCCAGGGGUGUUCUGUCUCCUGAACGUCAUGUUCGUACCAGAUUGUAUUUUACCAGUGAAAGUCACGUACAUUCUUUAUUGUCUAUUCUUCGCUAUGGUGCCUUGUGCAAUGAAUCAGAUGAACAGUGGAAACGAGCUAUGGAUUAUUUAAACGUUGUCAAUGAGCUCAACUACAUGACACAGAUUGUUAUCAUGCUUUAUGAGGAUCCUAACAAGGACCUCUCCUCAGAGGAACGCUUUCAUGUUGAAUUACACUUUAGUCCAGGAGCCAAAGGCUGUGAAGAAGACAAAAAUUUACCAUCUGGUUACGGAUAUAGACCAGCUUCCAGAGAGAGUGAAGGCAGGAGAUCUUUUAAAACCGAUAGUGAUGAUGAACCACACUCUUCUAAAAAAGAUGAGGUUGAUCGAGCUGUUCUAAUGUUUAAGCCAAUGGUAUCAGAGCCGAUUCAUAUACACAGGAAAUCUCCGCUUCCAAGAUCUAGGAAGAUGGUUACAAACGAAGAAGAGAGCCCCCUGAGUGUGUCUAGCCCAGAGGGUACUGGUUCCUGGCUGCAUUAUACCAGUGGUGUGGGUACUGGGCGUCGAAGACGCAGAUCAGGGGAACAAAUCACUUCUUCCCCUGUGUCCCCCAAAUCAUUGGCUUUCACAUCCAGUAUUUUUGGCUCAUGGCAACAGGUUGUAUCUGAAAAUGCCAACUACCUUCGAACACCAAGAACUCUUGUGGAACAGAAGCCGAAUCCUACUGUAGGGUCUCACUGUGCGGGCCUGUUUAGCACCACGGUGCUCGGGGGUUCUUCAAGCGCACCUAACCUACAGGAUUAUGCUCGUACUCAUCGUAAAAAGCUGACCUCUUCUGGCUGCAUAGAUGACGCCACACGCGGUUCUGCUGUUAAAAGGUUUUCUAUCUCAUUUGCUCGACACCCAACCAAUGAACACCUCCACCUCUAUAGGUGCUGGUCCGUUUCCUCUGUGGGAUUGCUAGGCCCCAGUGGCUUUGAAUUGUACUCCAUGGUCCCGUCUAUUUGUCCUCUAGAGACUCUUCACAAUGCCCUGUCUCUAAAGCAGGUGGAUGAAUUUCUUGCUUCCAUCGCUUCUCCAUCGAGUGAUGUGCCACGGAAGAUACCUGAAAUGUCCUCCACAGCUUCACGUUCCAGUCCAACAAUGAGAAGAAAAGUAUCUCUAAAUACGUAUACUCCUGCAAAGAUUCUCCCAACACCACCAGCUCCCUUAAAGACCACUAAAGCGAGCAGCAAACCAGGUACCAGUGGGCCUUCUACUGCGAUUGCUCCCAGUACCUCAGCCCGGAAAAAGAGUAUAACUAACAAACCGGAAAUGCCUGAGCACAGAAAAAGCACUGGGAAAAAGAAAUGAAAAUGAAAUAGAACCUCAUACACUUAUAAAAGUCACAUAAUGAAUAGAAAAAAAAAAAAAAAACCCUUGACCUAAAACUGUCAAAGCGAGCAGUUUGUUUUUCCUCAUGCAUACCUGUAUUUAUGGAAGAAUGUCUUUUCGUGUCUAAGGGAUUAUUUACGUUCACGUAGGAUAUUUUGUCUUACUUUGAGAACAUUUGAAUCAAUGUUCCUCACAUUCUGCGAGCAACAGAGCCUGUAGGGAUGCAGGCCUCGUGUCGGCAUGACACCUGUUCCUGCAGCACAUGGGAGCAGCGCUGAAGCCCAGCAGGCCUGCCGUAGCCGCAUCGCUAGCACAGGGCACCGCCUAGUCUGACAAGCUGGCCUCCUGGCACGCUCUUGUCUCCAUAGGAUCACAUUUUAGCUGUAAAGGCCUUUGGCUUAAGUUGAAACCUGACAGCCGAUAUUACAUAUUGGGGACUUUUACAGAAUAUAUUCCCAAAGAGAUUUCAUUUAGAUCAGAAAAUGUGUCCCAGUUUUUUAUAGUGACAUAUAUGCUGCAAUAUUUAAUAACUGGAGUAAUUAGCAUAUAGGUGAAUUUUUGAAUCUGCUUUGGAUUUUUUUAAUGUGUAUUAUUUAAGGUGUUGCAUAUACAGGUGGGAGAACUUGUACCUUUAUGUGCAUAAAUUUGUAUAUUAAUUUGUAGAAAAUGUUUUCUUUAUAUACUUCUUCACCGUGAGAGGUGCUUUAUUCAUCAGGAAAAAUUUUGCCUCAUUUUGGCAAGGAAAGCACCUGUUGAGUUUAUUUUUUAGAUAUAUAGGUAGAAAAUAAGAGUUCUUUUUAGCUCUAAGGAACUCUUCAAAAAUGGUAAUUAAUCAGUUUUAGAAAUAACGUAAAUGUUACUUAGGUAGUAGGUAUUAUGUGUAGCUUUUUUGAAAAAAAUAUUUUCAUUCUUCUCUGAUGCUACCACAUGAUCUCAUUAGGAAGGCUUCCAUAAUGACCAUUUGAAAUUAAUGUUCUUUUCAAAUGUUACUUUUUAAAAAGAAAAUUGAUCGUUAUGUUGUGAUUCCAACUAUGAUAUGAAAAACAUUAUCUUUGGUGCUUUGUUCCCCCAUUUGCGCAAAUACUGGCGAAUCACUUGAAAUGACUUAAACUAUAAGCCAAACAAUGCAACCUGCACUGCAAGUUACAUAAUUUAAAUUACUAUAGCUUUAGCUUGAAGGUAAUGUUUAAAAAUAUUACAAAAUUCUCAAAAUGAAUACAACUACUGUAAUUCUUCAGAAGAAACUCCUUAAAUUAGCAUAUAUGAACUGGCAUUUAGAAAAUAAGUAUAUUACAUGUUAGCUGUGUUAAAAGGUACCAAAUGAAAUGUCAGGAACAUAUACAGUUAAGUUCAUAUACUUCACAAGAAUGUAAGUGUAUUAUAAGGAGACGUGUCUAAUAGAAACAGCUGAAUGUACCUAAGUUUCUGUAUGUGAAAAUGUGGUUAAUAUAGUCGUUGGGGUAAGGAAACUUUUAUUUGUAAGUGAAUUAAAAUAUUUU